AUGCAAGAGGAAGGUGCAGCAAGUCAGCAACUUAAUUUACAACUGUUUAAAGUUGGUUGUUUGGCCAUACUAGAUGACAUGAACAAAUUGUUUGAGAUUCCUGCUUCAAAUAUUCAAGGAAGGAAUGGAACUGUUCAUUUAAUUGCGAGAUGGAAUGGAAUGGACCAUUUUGUUUUUGUAUGCAAUUACAAGAGGCAUCAUCAAACCUUUUUGGUUAUUGUGCACUGCCUAGAAGACACGGAGAAAAGUCGACGUUAUUGCUUCAUUGAAUACGUACUCCUCAACUUGCUAAGGAGAGGACUAUUGCAUGCAAAUUUAGUUUAUUGUUAUGUGAGUCAAAUCCCCACUGGCAUCUCUCUUUCUUCAAACAUGAACAUGAUGCUUAAAAUCGAAAGCUCACUUCCCAUGGUUAUAUUUGAGGUGUCCCAAUGAACCAUAGGUGAAAGCGUUUUCAAGAAUUUUGGGAAUUCUUUCAUAAAAUUUUGAGGUUUGAUUACUGUACUUUACAUGUAUACGAAAGUUUGUGUUCAAGCUCUUAUUAUUAUUAUUUUUUUAAAUUUCCCUUUCAGUGUUCAAGCUUUUUUAUUUUAUUUUUGUUUUUUACGGUCA